AUUUCACGUGUUCACAAUGACAAAGGCGAUUUUUUUUCUCGCGCGUGACACUCUCGACCAAUAAAACUGCAGGAAAUUGAAAUUAGAAAAUUGCUAAAUAAGAAUUUAAUCUAGUACAUGGAGGAUUUGAGUUAGUUGAACAUCAUUACUUGGAUUGAAAGUGCCCUCCGAGUGCAGUGUUACAAGGUUUAUUGCUCAAUCGUAUAGUGGCAAAAUAAGUGGUCAAACUUCAAGAUGCUGUUGGAAAUAUUGUUGUCUGUAGUGGUAGUUUACCUGGUAUCUUACGUCAUUCAAACUUGGCUCGAAUGUAGAAAAUUACCACCGGGUCCCAUACCCCUCCCUUUCAUUGGAAAUUUACAUCAAGUGGGGAAAAAGCCUCCAUUUUCCUUAGAGGCACUUAGCAAGAAGUAUCCUCAUGUAAUGAGGCUAAAAUUCCCCUUUGGUUACUGUAUUUUUCUUAACAGUGUAGAAGCUGUGCGAGAGGCCAUGCUGACCAAUAAAACUGACUUUGCUGGUAAACCAACUGAACAAUUUUACCCAACAACUGUCAUAAUGGAAGAACGAGAUAUGGGAACUAUAGAUUACGGGCCAGCUUUUGUAUUUCGCUCAAAGGUUUUUAAAAAUGCCCUUCAUUUAUUUGGAACUCAAACCAAAGUACUCGAAAAGCGUUUUAACGACAUCGUUAUGUCUAUGUUCGAAAGGCUAGACAACCUUCUUGGGAAAACAUCAAUUUCAAUAAAGUCUUUGAAAGUACAAUCUUUGCACUUAUGUGGGAGUCUUUCUUCUGAACGGUUACCGCAUGAUCAUCAUAAAAUUCAAGAAGUCAUAGAUUUCAUAGAAAAAUCUAACUAUUUGGGUCGCCAAGGAAGCUAUUAUCAGCUUUUUCCCAUAUUGCGUUAUCUGCCGAGCAAUUUCAAGAAAUGUCUCCAAGAAGUGCUUGACGCCAGGUAUAAGCUGUUUGGUGAAGUCUAUGAAAAUCACAAAGCUACGUACAAAGAUGGAGUAGUUCGCGACAUGACAGAUGCAAUGAUUUUGUCUUACUUCAAUGAAGAGAGUAAGGGUAAAAAUAUUCAUGGGACACUUGAUGACGUAAUGUUCUUAAUAAUUGACGUAAUGGCUGCAGGCGCUGAGACUAGUAUCUCUACUUUAAAUUGGUGUGUCUUACACUUGGUGCUCAACGAAGAUAAACAAAACAAAAUACACGAUGAGUUGGAUAGAUGUAUGGAAAACGAGACGAUGCCAAAAAUUGCUGAUUUGAAAAAAUUCCAUUAUUUGAAUGCUUUUGUUUCUGAGGUCUUUCGCUUGACCUCAGUUCUUCCGUUUUUCCCGCCACAUCGUACCUUGCGCGAUACGACUGUUAUGGGCUACAACAUACCUAAACACAUGAUGGUCCUCGUUAACAACCAUUGCAUCAACAGCAAUCCACUUAAUUGGAAAGAUCCAAGCACUUUUGAUCCUGGACGUUUUCUUGAUGACAAUGGCGAUUUUGUAGGAUGGACUAAGCACGAGGUCUUUAUACCCUUUGGUCUGGGACACCGAGCCUGUCCAGGAAAAGAUCUUGGUAAGCUUCAGCUAUUAACGAUUCUUGCCUCUUUUCUGAAAUGCUACCAUAUUAAGUUUUCUGAAAAUCAAGAGGUGCCUCCACUGCAAGAUCCUGUUAUGGGCGCAACCACACGUCCAAAAGACUACUUGGUAACUUUUGCAAAACGGAAAUGACAUGUAGAGUUAGUAUUUUUUUUAAUUUUUUACGAUUCUCUACAGUCUAUAUAAGAAAUCUUGUAAAAAUAUGGAUUGUUUAUUAUUCCAGGAGUAUUUUGUAACUCAACAAUUAAUAACACUUUGUUUCAAAUUGUGUGCAUCGACUACCCAUUUAGGUUCCAAUAAAAUUAAAAUUUUCGGGCAACAAA